AGAGAGAGAGAGAGAGAACGAUGAUAAUAAGCCAAUGGUUAUUAAAUAACAUUGAUAAUUUUUUUUAAAAAAAAAGGAAAAAAACCAACCAAUCAGAGCUCAGAGAGUUCUCCCACCCUGCUCGGCCAUGGCGGGAAGCGUCUCCCUCCGCCUCCUCCUCCCCGCCCCUCGCCACUCCCAAACCCUAACCCUAACCCUAACCCCACCCUUCUCCCCCUACAUCAAGCCCCAAAACCCAAGCUUCCUCUGCUUCCGAAAGCCUAGACCCACCAAAUCCCAACAGAACCUUAAAACGAAGGAGAAUCGAUCCCCAAAACCCAUUAAUUUACCGUUUCUGAGCCCAUUUUCGAGAUUUUUGGAUCGAAUUAAGGGGGAUGGGAUUGGAUUGGAGAUCCUGAGCAUUGCUCUCCCGGCCGUGUUAGCUCUCGCCGCUGAUCCGAUUGCGUCGUUGGUGGAUACCGCCUUCGUCGGCCAUCUGGGGUCGGUUGAAUUAGCUGCGGUUGGGGUUUCGGUUUCGGUGUUCAAUUUGGUUUCAAAGCUGUUUAAUGUUCCGUUGCUUAAUGUCACUACAUCUUUUGUUGCUGAACAGCAGGCAUUGGAUAGCAAUGCAAAUAGUGAUGCUGAUGGAGGGGACAAAACUGUGCGCCUUGUGGAUGGAGAAAGAAGGAAGUUCCUUCCGACAGUUUCGACUUCUUUGGCAUUGGCCGCUGGUAUUGGAAUGUUUGAAGCAAUUGCAUUGGCCUUGGGCUCAGGUGCCCUAAUGAAUAUCAUGGGUAUACCCGUUGAUUCACCAAUGCGGACACCAGCUGAGCAAUUUCUUUCAUUGAGGGCAUAUGGUGCUCCACCAAUUGUAAUUGCACUUGCAGCUCAAGGCACAUUUCGUGGAUUCAUGGAUACAAAGACACCACUAUAUGCUGUGGGUGUUGGCAACCUAUUAAAUGCAAUACUGGAUCCAAUUUUGAUAUUUAUUCUUGGGCUAGGCGUUAGUGGUGCUGCCAUAGCCACAGUGAUCUCUGAGUAUCUGAUAGCCUUUAUCCUCCUGUGGAAGCUGAAUAGGAAGGUGAUACUCAUUUCUCCAAAUAUUAUCAAUAAUGGAAUCAUACGCUACUUAAAAUCUGGUGCUCUUUUAAUUGGAAGAACAGUUGCAGUUCUCCUAACUAUGACACUUGCAACUUCUAUGGCUGCAAGGGAAGGUCCUGUUCCUAUGGCUGGACACCAAAUAUGCCUGCAAGUGUGGUUAGCUGUGUCCCUCCUCAAUGAUGCCCUAGCCCUAGCUGGUCAGGCUUUGCUUGCAAGUGAAUACACUAAGAAGAAUUACGGACAAGCCCGUCUUAUUGUCUGCAGGGUCUUACAGAUUGGAGCAAUAGCUGGAGUUACAUUGGCUGUCAUCUUGUUCUUUGGAUUUGGGACCUUUUCGUUCAUAUUCACCAGCGAUCCAGAAGUUCUUGCCAUUGCUCGAUCUGGAGUGUGGUUUGUCACUAUUUCUCAGCCGAUCAAUGCAAUUGCUUUUGUGAUCGACGGGCUAUAUUAUGGUGUCUCGGAUUUUGCAUAUGCUGCUUAUUCUAUGUUCUUUGUGGGGAUGGUCUCAUCGGUGUUCUUAUUGCUCGCUGCUCCUGCUUUCGGCCUACCUGGGGUUUGGACUGGACUGGUUCUUUUCAUGAGCUUGCGAUCAAUCGCGGGAUUUUGGAGGUUAGGAACAAAAAGUGGACCUUGGAAGGUGCUCUGGUCUGAGACAGAUUAAAGAUGAUAAAAGAAGUAACGAGCGCAUAAGAUUACCGCAUGAGUCUCACAACGUUUUGAAUGAAUAGAUGGAGGACAACAGGAGGAGGACAGAAUCCACAAGCAGAAGCUCCAAAUAAAGCAAAUGGAGAAGCAAAAGUUGAAGUAAUAGCCUUUGGUACUUACAACAGGCACUGAAGCUAAACAACUGGGUGAGUUGUCGAAAAUAACUAGCAACCGUCAUCUUACACUCUUUUCUUCCACACACAGCACUAUUCUGGAUUCCCAGUAAGCUCUCCUUUUGUUUUCAUUGAGGGAGACAAAAUUGUGCAUUAACUUAACAAUGAAUGCAAAUAGGCCGAUGUACUUAUAGUCAUAUUCUUGUAGAGAAGAAUGAUUCUAAAUUCUGAUGCAUACCAAUGUCCGAAUUCUGAAGCAGAAAUUUAGGCUGCUUUUUCGCUGUAAAUUGAUUCAAGCAUCCUACUAGUGUUCUUCUUUCUGUAAGGAGGAUCUGCUCUUA